AUGACUUACCAAACAUCAGCGGAGAGAUUUGCAGAUCUUGUCGCUACGGUUCCCAUCGUUGACACUCAUAAUGAUUUCCCAUACUUAGUUCGCAGUCAGCUUCAUUACGAGACAGAGAACGAUGAUCAAUUCACUUUUGACACUGGCCUCACGUGUCAUACAGAUUUAGUCAAGCUCCGGAAAGGUGGAAUUGGUAUCCAAUUUUUCAGCUGUUUCAUCGAAUGCAAAGAUGAAGACCCAUUGUACCAGGAUUUCAACAAGGCUACUACCGUGGUGAGAGACACCAUGGAGCAGAUCGAUUAUGUACGCAGAUUGGCUGAACGAUACAAUCAUGAUUUUUCCUACGUUAGUCAAUCGUCUGAUGCUAUCAAAGCGUUCAAAGAAGACGGUAAAAUGGCCCUCGCCAUGGGUGUAGAAGGCUUACAUCAGGUGGACACCUCGCUCGCAGUGUUGAGACAGUACUUUGAGCUAGGAGUAAGAUACAUUACUCUAACUCACAAUUGCGACAACCCAUUUGCUACUGCUGCUUCCUCUGUGUCGGGAGGACUCCCUGAUCGUGGAUUGUCUGACUAUGGGAGGCAAUGUGUUAGGGAAAUGAAUAGAUUGGGUAUGAUGGUGGACCUCUCCCAUGUUAGUGUGAAGACAAUGACUGACGCAUUGGAAGUGACUAAAGCACCGGUUAUUUUCUCUCACUCUUCGGCGUAUGCGGUGACUCCUCACCUUAGAAAUGUUCCUGAUCAUGUCUUGUUGAAAGUGAAGGAAAAUGGAGGAGUGGUAUGUGUGAACUUCUUUCCUGAGUUCAUCUAUAGAACUAGCGACAAGGUAGCUACCAUUGACGACGCCGUUGCACAUAUUUUGCACAUUGCCAAGUUGAUCGGUUGGGAACACGUGGGACUUGGCUCUGAUUUCGAUGGAAUCCCAGAGGGUCCUAAAGGCUUAGAAGACGUUUCCAAGUAUCCGGACUUGAUUAUGCAAGUAAUGGAGCACUCGGAUGCUACAGACAAACAGAUUUCCAUGUUGAUGGGUGGAAAUGUGUUGAGAGUUUGGCAAGAAAACGAGAGGAUUGCACAAGAACUUCAAGGGGAAGGAGCCAAACUCAUCGAUGAUAAUUGGCCCGAUAGAGAAUGGAAGUUUUUUGAUUAUGUCGAGGAAUUUCCUGAGGUCUAUCCUGGUUCUUUCCAAAAGAAAAAGAAUGUGUACACGAGCCAGCCGUUGGAUGCUUGCGAAGGUCAGAAGAAAUAG